CCCAACUUCAUUGUCAUGAUCAUGGAUGACAUGGGGUGGGGUGAUUUAGGGUGCUAUGGCAAUCCCUCAAGAGAGACCCCGAAUCUUGAUAGGAUGGCUUCCGAGGGGGUUCUCUUCACAGAUAUGUAUGCUGCUAGUGCCAUAUGCUCUCCGUCAAGGGCAUCUCUAUUAACUGGGAGAUUGCCAGUAAGGAAUGGUUUCUACUCCUUGGAUCAAGCUAGGAAUUCUUACGCCCCUCAAGAAGUUAUUGGUGGAAUCCAAGAGUCGGAGGUCCUCAUAUCAGAGCUGUUAAGAACCGGAGGGUAUAAGAAUAAGAUUAUCGGAAAAUGGCAUUUAGGUCACAGACCAGAGUAUUUGCCAUUGAAACAUGGCUUUGAUGAGUGGCUAGGUGCUCCUAACUGUCAUUAUAGAUAUGACAACAAGUACAUCCCAAAUAUUCCGUUCUUCAGAGAUGAUCACAUGAUUGGCAGGUUGUAUUAUGAUGAGAUUGAGAUUGAUGACAAACUCGGUCUGUCUAAUUUGACGCAAGUCUACAUCGAGGACGCCAUAGAAUUUAUACAGCGUCAGUCGCUAAAGAAGCAGCCGUUCUUCCUCUACUGGACACCCGACGGCAGUCACACCCCCCUCUACGUUUCCCCAAAGUUUAGAAACAAGAGUAAAAGAGGAUUAUACGGGGACGUGGUGAUGGAGUUGGAUUACGGGGUGGGUAGGAUCUUGGAGGCCCUCCGGAAACUCCGCAUCGAGAACGACACUUUCGUCCUCUUCUCCUCUGACAAUGGGGCAGCCACCUACGCAUUCGACGAAGGUUUUUGUUAUUAUUAUUAUUAUUGUUAUUGGGGUAGUAACGGGCCUUUCCUCUGUGGCAAGCAGACGACAUUCGAAGGAGGGAUGCGAGAGCCCGCCAUAGCAUGGUGGCCUGGAAAAAUUAAACCCAAGUUGCACACGGGGGCAGCCAGUUUGAUGGAUAUCCUACCGACCCUGGCUGAUUUGGCGGGUGUAGAAGUCCCUAAGAACUUAAUUCUGGACGGGGAGAGCCUUAAGGAUGUGCUGUUGGGGGAUAAUAAUAAUAAUAAUAAUAACAAUAAUGAUGAUAAUAAUAAUAAGGAUAAUGUUAAUGAUGUUAAUGAUGAGCCAAUUUUUUACUAUAGAGGAAACACCUUAUUCAAUAUCAGGUGGUACGGUCCGUAUAAGGCUCAUUAUUAUACAUGGGCAACACCGACUGAAGCGAAAAAUCAAGGCUACGAGUAUUGCCCUGGCCAGCAGGUAGACGGGGUGACCACUAGCAACAUGACUGACCAUUCCAAGAAUCCCAUCCUCUUCCAUCUGGGAAGAGAUCCGGGAGAAAAGAUGCCCAUCAAUGUGAACACGAACGAGUAUAGGGACACAGUGGUGAUUUUGAAUCAGGUACUGAAGAGACAUGAGGAGAGCAUGGAAUUCGGGAAGGCCCAGCUGGAAUGGUGUGAUCAAUCCGUCCAAAACUGGUCUCCCCCUGGUUGCGAGAAGAUCAACCAAUGUCUCCCCGCUCCAUUAUCUCAACCGUACAGAUGUGCCUGGCCCUAUUAAAUUCUUGUCAAUACUUUUAUUUUCAUUGUGGGAGAGAUUAUGAAGUUGAUCGAUUGAUUGGUUGAUUGAUUAAUUGAUUGAUUGGUUGGUUGAUUGAUUGAUUGGUUAAUUGAUUGGUUAAUUGAUUGGUUGGUUGGUUGGUUGGUUGGUUGGUUGGUUGGUUGGUUGGUUGGUUGGUUGGUUGGUUGGUUGAUUGAUUGAUUCAUUCAUUCAUUCAUUCAUUGGUCGGUUGGCUGAUUAAUUAAUGUUUCAUUUUUUUUAAUCGAGUUUCAAUUCUAGUCAUGAUUUACAUAAUGAGUGAAUGAAUUAAUGAAUAAAUUAACGAACGAACGAACGAAUGGAACGAAAGAACGAAUGUAUAAACGAAUGAACAAAUCAAUAAAAAAACUAUCAAAUGAAUGAUGGAAUGAAUGAGACAACUCUCAAUACAUUCUUACUACGUUGGAAUAGUAAUAAUUAUAAUAAUAACAACAAUAAUAAUAAUAUAAUUUAUAUUUUUUAUUCUUUUAUUUUGAAAAACACUUUUUUCCGUAGCUUUUGCUUUUGCAUCAGUUUAAUGUUAGCCUAUUGUUAUUGUUUACUGUUAUUUUUAUC